AUGAUCUUUUUUUUGCGGACAGCGGUGAGGCAUAAGCGGCAUGAGCUAGUGUCAUGCAGUUUGUGCGGUGUCGAUCGCAGCGAUGAGGCACACCUCACACCUACAUUUUUUCCCGUUCGAGGCGCAAUUUUUCAGCAGCCAACGAACGGUCUUGCUGCAUUAACCCAGCAGACAGGGCACAAAAAUGAAGUAGGCCUUGAACUGCAAGGCCCACUUGGGCUUGCAUCUUCUCCUGCUAAAAGGAUAGGCAAUCAUGUCAGGGCCAAUGGCUAA